GGCGGAUCGUCCCCUGGCCUCCCCUGUAUGUGAGAGACGGGGCCGGCGCCUCGAGCGGAGCCGGACCGUGGGAGGGUUGAGCCGGGAGCCGCCGCGGGUGGAAAGGAGGCUGCGGGGAGUGCUUCCUUCCUACUGCCCGCACUGCCUGGUGCGGCAGCCCCAGCAUGGAAGCCAUCGCCAAAUACGACUUCAAAGCUACAGCAGACGACGAGCUGAGCUUCAAACGGGGGGAUAUACUUAAGGUUUUGAAUGAAGAAUGUGAUCAGAAUUGGUACAAGGCAGAACUCAAUGGAAAAGAUGGCUUCAUUCCCAAGAACUAUAUAGAAAUGAAGCCACAUCCGUGGUUUUUUGGAAAGAUUCCCCGGGCAAAGGCUGAAGAGAUGCUAGGCAAACAGAGACACGAUGGUGCCUUUCUUAUCAGGGAGAGUGAGAGUGCUCCUGGGGACUUCUCUCUCUCGGUCAAGUUUGGAAAUGAUGUGCAGCACUUCAAGGUGCUUAGAGAUGGGGCUGGCAAGUAUUUCCUCUGGGUGGUGAAGUUCAAUUCUUUGAAUGAGCUGGUAGAUUAUCACAGAUCCACAUCUGUCUCCAGGAACCAGCAAAUAUUUCUACGGGAUAUCGAACAGGUGCCACAGCAACCAACGUACGUUCAAGCUCUGUUUGAUUUUGAUCCCCAGGAGGAAGGAGAGUUGGGUUUCCGCCGCGGAGACUUUAUCCAAGUCCUUGACAAUUCUGACCCCAAUUGGUGGAAGGGAGCCUGCCACGGACAGACGGGCAUGUUUCCACGCAACUAUGUGACCCCAGUGAACCGGAACAUCUAGAGAUAAAUAUUACAGAUUAUUUAAAGAAACAAGAGAAACAGUAAUUACACAUACAGAGCCUAACUGCAGCCAGUGACCUAAAAUCACACGGCGAUAAAACCUGAGUCACCUUUCACCGUGAGGUGAUCCUCCUUCACAGUGUGGAACUUCAGGGGCUGAAGGGGUUGGGGGGAGGGAAGAGUUCAACUUACACACCAAAACUUAUCAGAAAAGAGAAAAAAAACAAAUGAAUUUCCUCAGCUGCUCCUGGGUUACUCCCUUUCAUUUACUUAAUGUUUCCCCUUGUCCUCUGUCCAGGCAUGAAGUUUUAAUGCCAUUUAAAAUUGUAGCCAUGCAGUUAAAGGAAAAGGGAGAAACUCUGCUGGUAUUUUCUCUCUGCAAAUGGUUCGUUUGACAUGAAGGGACAUGAGAGAAAAACCAAAUACACAGUCCUGCCUUUAAAAAAUAAUUUAAAAAGUCUCUGCUCUUGCCUUCAGCAUUCAGCUGCUCUUGCCUGAGAAAGAUGAGGUAUUGCUCUAAUUUUUGUCUCUUCUCCUUUGUCAUUUUCUUCUGAAGCUCAGCAGCUUCCAAGCUGAGGAAGGGAGAAGAGUUGUGGAUUUCUUUUUUUUGUUCAAGUCACAGAGUUGCUUUCAGAAACUCCAAAUUACAACCGAAGUUUGUUAUUGCUGUGCUGAUAGCCUUUUUGUUUUUUUCUUAACUGUGUACGGUUGAGCACAUUCUGUAAUUUUUUCCAUAGUGCCUUUCCCUUGUUUUUUUUUAUUAUUUUUUAAGUUAAAAGGACAGUCCAGAGCUUUUCAGAGGGCUUUUUUCUGCCUAUGUGUAAAUAAAUACUUUUGGAUGGAUGGUAUAAAGGAGGGUGGCAUUGUCAAUGGAUAUCUGAAAAAAAUCUACAGAGAUGGAGCUUUGUUCUAAAGAUUUGACUUGUUCUUUGACUUUCCUUGUUACAGGGGGAAAAAAAAAAGGCAUUUCUUGGCAGCUUAGGCUGCUCAAACCUGGGUAGCUGAAACCAGAAGCCUCAAGAUUUAAGAGAAAGGGGAAAGAUAUGACUAGGGAAAAUGAGGAAGAAUAUUUGGGGGAGGGAGGGUUAAGUGGGGAAUUUGAGAAAGAGUAGCCCUGGGAUGUCCUACAAAAUGUACAUUCCAUCGAUGGAAAAUUAUAAUGCAGAAAAACCUCAAGAAACAGUGCUUGAAAACAUUUUAUGCUAUUAGUGAAUGUUUCUGUGUGAUGCAUGUAAUCAGCCUGUCUUUUGCCUGGAUAAGGGAGUUAUUUGCAGUUGUGUUGCUCUUGAAAAGUGGGGUUGGCAUCACUGUUCUCCAGUUUCUCCUCCCUCUUCAGGUCAGUGUUAUUGUUAGACUCCCCAUUCACAGCAGGCUGUGUGAUGACUAUAAUCCCCACUUUUUCCGAUAAUGGCCUUCAUUGUGGCCAUUUGCUCUUUCACCAGAGAGUGUGACAUUGAAUCGGAUAGAAAGAAAUCAAACUGCAUUACUCCCUGUGCCAAUCUUCAGUUGUGUUAUUUUUUCUUUUGAGGGCCAUUUGGCUGGAUCCCUUCACUCCAACAACGAAUCUGGAAACUGCAGUGGAGAGCUCCUCCUGUCCUGCCUAAGUACGGGCAGUCUUUUGUUGGAGGGUGCCUUUUUUGUACUAAAUGUUACGUUUUAUUCCUGAGACAAACUCUGCCUUACACUUUAAUUUUCCAGCAGAUGAGAGAGAGAGCUAUCCUGUAGAGCGUUACUUUCUCCCCCUCUCCUUGCUAGCUGUCACUCACUUUAUUCCUUCUUCAUAAAGUGAUUGGAAGAAGAAUCUAUGGCAUUCUACACCUGGACCAUUUGAUUGUUUCCUUAUUUUGGAAUUGGUGUAUAUCAUGCAACCUUGCAGACAUAUGUCUUGUGUGUGUAUAUAUAUUAAAAAAAUCAGUGUUUAAAUAAAAAAGGCCUAUGUACUUAAUCCUUUAACUCUGCAGCAGCAUUUGGUAGAUAGUAAUUAACUGUGAAUAAUAAAUAUACAUUGAAUUCUUCA